AUCAAUGGCGUUAACCAAGGAAUCAACCAACUGGUGUCAAAACUAAACUGGUGUCCAGACUACCGACAUAAUGCGGCAAGUAAAACUACGACAUACAGGAGGAAGGAAGCUGGGGACUGGCAUGACUGGCAUGUUUACUCUAUGGAUUGGACCCCGGACCAUAUCAUUACGUACGUAGAUGAUCAGGAAAUACUGCGCGUGGACACGCCUCCGAACGGUUUCUGGGAUUUUGGAGGUUUCCACGGACAGAACAUCUGGGGAGCAGGAGGCAGAAACGCUCCAUUUGAUCAACCGUACAAACUGAUUCUCAGCGUGGCUGUCGGAGGAGAUUUCUUUGCCGACGGAGAUUAUGAUAUUCCCAGGCCCUGGGGCCAUUCAAGUAACCCGAAAAAGGACUUCUGGGAACAUCGAGCGGAUUGGAGCGCCACCUGGCAGGGAGAGGACGCGGCGAUGGUUAUUGAUUACAUAGAAGUGAUACCCCAUCAGUAAUAACAGAUAUAAAAUA